AUGUCGGGCCGGCGAAUUUCGGUCAGAUCCAUGUCCACGAGCCCUAAAAACGAUGCCUUUGAAGAGCUGCUCCGGCAGCUACGAGAGUGCCACCGCAGCGAGAUGCAGCUCCUUCGGGAGGAGCUCCUCACCGUGCCGCCGCAUUCAUUGGCCGCAGCUUUCGACGAGCCGAAAGAGCCGAGGGAGGCGCAGGGGCCGAAGGAGGCGGAGGAGCUGAAGGAGUCGAAAGAGCCGAUGGAGUGGAAGGAGCCGAAGGAGGAGGGGAGCGAGGCACACAAAGCAAACCAGGCAAUCGAGAACGCCGAAGACAUGCCGCUGACCUUGAGCCACCCUAUGAGCGUGCGGAGCAAGUCCUUUCAAGAUGCACACAACAUGGACAACCAGAAGGGCUGGGAGCAGGGGAAGUCCCAGCACGUGGGCCCAAUGGCGAAGAAGCAGCCCCCGCCCCAAAUCCCGAGCUCCAGCAGGUCGGACGCCACCUUCCGAGCUCGGCUGCAAAAAAUACUCAGGCACCCUGCAGUUGACUGCACCAUGAGCUUCCUCAUCGUGUGCAAUACCCUGGUGUUUGCUUUCGAAGCGCAGUAUCGGGGCUUCGAGCUGGCCGAGGCCCUGGGGUUCAAAGCAGACGAGAUCUCUUUAGCUGCUCAUGAUGCGUGGCCAGGUGCCCGUGAUGUGUUCCCGGCCAUGGAGAUGUUCUUCGGCAUUAUCUUCACGAUCGAGGUCGCACUGCGGCUCUUUGCCGAACGCUGUGCAUUCUUCAAGGAAGGUUGGAACUGGCUUGAUGCCAUCGUGGUCUUUGUGUGGCUGUUUGGGAAGCUUUGGCGCACACUUCCGGUGAACAGUCAGAUUCUCCGGCUUGGCCGUCUCUUUCGCCUCCUUCGGAUGCUGCGCCUGGUGCGGCGCAUGAAGGAAUUUGAUGCACUCUUCUUGAUGACUACCGCCAUCCGCAGCAGCUUCAUGGUUCUUGGGUGGACGAUUACUCUGCUCUUUGUCUGCCAGAUGCUCUUCGCGCUUAUCGUCCAGCAGCUCCUUUAUGGCUUCUAUUUCGACGCCUCCGCGGACCAGGCAGGCAAAGACGCACAGCUGCGCGUCUUCGAGUACUUCGGAACCUUUACGCGUGCACUGCUGAGCCUCUUCGAGAUGACCCUUGCAAACUGGCCUCCUGUGUGUCGAUUGCUGAUGGAAGAAGUCAGCGAGUGGUGGAUGAUCUUUUGCUUGUUCCACAAGCUGACUAUGGGCUUCGCGGUGGUUGGCGUGAUCAAUGGUGUGCUGAUGCAAGAGACGUUCAAGGUAGCUCACAUGGACGACACUGUCAUGGUCCGCGAGAAGCAGCGUGCCAUGCGCACACAUGUGGCGAAGAUGUCGGCCCUUUUCCAUGAUGCCGACACAUCUGGUGACGGACGCCUGGAUAUGGAAGAGUUCAGGCACAUCUUGGAGCACUACGAAGUCAAGAUUUGGCUAGCCGCCAUGGACUUGGACGUCAGCGACGUGGAGGAGUUGUUUGACAUGCUGGACACUGGUGGUGAUGGCCGACUUUCGGCAGAGGAGCUGGUGAACGGUGUGUCGCGACUUCGGGGAGCUGCCAGGGCCAUGGACAUGAAGAGGAUCGCGCAGGUGAGCGAGAAUCUUGAGCAUGGGUUGCACGACUUGGCGACGAUAAAGCCCAUGAUCCACAAGAUUCAUCGAAAGCACAGGGAGGAGGAGGAGGAUGAAGUCAGGAGCGAGGUCUCAGCCCUUCUGAAAGACGAGGAGAGCACAGUGGCCAUCUGA